AUGCGUCUAGAGCUAAACUUACUUCCGCGGCUACUUCAACAGUCCAACAGCGACAGACAGCGCAUUCCUAGCGGGUUCUACGCCUCGCUCUUCCGCACGGGCGACCGUGGUUCCGCAGACGCCAAGACAGGCGCCAUCGCGAUCCACAGCCGCUUUAAGGAGAUCUUCAAGGUGCGCUACAAGGAGGUCUCCUUAGCCGAGGUCGAAGGCGAGCUUUUAGGCCAUGGCGACAUCGCCGACGCGUUGGUGACGGCCACCAAGGCCCGCGACGACGCCAGGAUCAGGGAGUACAUGGCAUAA